GGGCGACGCAGCCGGCGUGUCUGGGCCGCCUCGCAGGGAGGGAGGGGGCGGCCGGCCGCCCGGCGGCGACCCCGGGCCCUGGCCGCCACCAUGGGCUUCGAGUUGGACCGCUUUGACGGCGAUGUGGAUCCGGAUUUGAAGUGUGCACUGUGCCACAAGGUCCUGGAGGACCCGCUGACCACACCGUGCGGCCACGUCUUUUGCGCUGGCUGCGUGCUACCCUGGGUAGUGCAGGAGGGCAGCUGCCCGGCGCGCUGCCGCGGUCGCCUGUCGGCCAAGGAGCUCAACCACGUCCUGCCACUCAAGCGCCUCAUCCUCAAGCUGGACAUCAAGUGUUCACACGCCGCGCGCGGCUGCAGUCGAGUGGUCAAGCUGCUGCAGCUUCCGGAGCACGCUGAGCGCUGCGACUUCGCGCCCGCACGCUGCCGCCAUCCGGGCUGCGGCCAGGUGCUGCUGAGGCGGGACGUGGAGACACAUAUGCGCGACGCUUGUGACGCGCGGCCCGUGGGCCGCUGCCAGGAGGGGUGCGGGCUGCCCCUGACACACGGCGAGGCGCGAGCGGGCGGCCACUGCUGUGCGCGGGCUCUGCGGGCGCACAACGGCGCGUUGCAGGCCCGCCUGGGAGCGCUGCAUAAAGCGCUCAAGAAGGAGGCGCUGCGUGCAGGCAAACGUGAAAAGUCGCUCGUGGCGCAGCUGGCCGCGACGCAGCUCGAGUUGCAAAUGACGGCGUUGCGCUACCAGAAGAAGUUCACGGAGUACAGCGCGCGCCUCGACUCGCUCAGCCGCUGCGUGGCCGCGCCGCCCUGCGGCAAGGGUGAAGAAACGAAAAGCCUGACACUCGUGCUUCAUCGAGACUCUGGCGCCCUGGGAUUCAAUAUUAUUGGUGGGCGGCCCUGUGUGGACAACCAAGAUGGAUCAUCCAGUGAAGGAAUCUUUGUAUCCAAAAUAGUUGACAGUGGGCCCGCAGCCAAGGAAGGCGGUCUGCAGAUUCACGACCGGAUUAUCGAGGUAAAUGGUAAAGACUUAUCCAGAGCAACUCAUGAUCAAGCAGUAGAAGCUUUCAAGACAGCCAAAGAGCCCAUCGUGGUCCAGGUACUGAGAAGAACGCCACGAACCAAAAUGUUCACUCCUCCGUCAGAGUUGCAGCUGGUGGAUACAGGAACUCAAACUGACAUCACCUUUGAACAUAUCAUGGCUCUCUCUAAACUCUCCUCUCCCACCCCGCCAGUGCUGGAUCCGUACCUCCUGCCAGAAGAGCAUCCCUCGGUUCACGAAUACUACGAUCCCAGUGAUUACAUUGGAGGCAUUCAUCAGGAGAUGGACAGGGAGGACCUGGAGUUGGAGGAAGUGGAUCUAUACCGAGUGAACAGCCAAGACAAACUCGGCCUCACAGUGUGUUACCGCACCGACGAUGAAGAUGACAUUGGGAUUUACAUCAGCGAAAUUGACCCAAACAGCAUUGCGGCCAAGGAUGGGCGCAUUCGAGAAGGAGACCGCAUUAUCCAGAUCAAUGGGAUAGAAGUACAAAACCGCGAAGAGGCCGUGGCUCUUCUAACAAGUGAAGAAAACAAGAAUUUCUCCCUGUUGAUUGCAAGGCCUGAGCUCCAGCUGGACGAAGGCUGGAUGGACGAUGAUCGGAAUGACUUUCUAGAUGACCUGCACAUGGACAUGCUGGAGGAGCAGCACCACCAGGCCAUGCAGUUCACGGCGAGCGUGCUACAGCAGAAGAAGCACGAGGAAGAUGGCGGCACCACAGACACCGCCACCAUCUUGUCCAACCAGCAUGAGAAGGACAGCGGUGUGGGACGCACGGACGAGAGCACCCGCAAUGAUGAGAGUUCGGAGCAGGAGAACAAUGCAGACGACCCCACUGCGUCCUCCAACCCGCUGGCGGGCCAGAGGAAGCUGACCUGCAGCCAGGACACUCUGGGCAGUGGUGAUCUGCCCUUCAGCAAUGAAUCCUUCAUCUCGGCCGACUGCACGGACGCCGACUACCUCGGCAUCCCGGUGGACGAGUGUGAGCGCUUCCGGGAGCUCCUGGAGCUUAAGUGCCAGGUGAAGAGCGCCGGCCCCUACAGCCUGUACUACCCCAGCAGCCCCCUGGAUGCCAGCAAGAGUGACCCCGAGAGCGUGGACAAGGAGCUGGAGCUGCUAAACGAGGAGCUGCGCAACAUCGAGCUGGAGUGUCUCAGCAUCGUGCGCGCCCACAAGAUGCAACAGCUCAAAGAGCAAUACCGUGAGUCGUGGAUGCUACACAAUGGCGGCUUCCGAAAUUACACCAGCCUCGACAUCCGCAGACAUGAGCUCUCAGACAUCACCGAGCUCCCCGAGAAAUCCGAUAAAGAUAGCUCGAGCGCCUACAACACCGGGGAGAGCUGCCGGAGUACACCUCUCACCUUGGAGAUCUCCCCUGACAACUCCUUGAGGAGAGCCGCGGAGGACAUCGGUGGUCAGGGCAGCGAAGGGGCUGCAGGUACCACAGAGGCAUAUGGCGCAUCCCCAAAGAGCCUGCUCUCCAUCACAGAAGAUCCUGACGGUGCCACCCCUAAUUACAGCCCAUCUCCGAACGAGCUGGACCUGAGCCAGCCCCUGGAGAGCAAAGAGAGGAAAUCCAACGACGGCAGCAGGAGCCCCACCCCCAGCCAGAAGCUGGGUGGGUCAUACCUGUCCUCCUACCAUCAUUCUCCCUACAAGCACGCCCAUAUCCCUGCGCAUGCCCAGCACUACCAGAGCUACAUGCAGCUGAUCCAGCAGAAGUCUGCCGUUGAGUACGCGCAGAGCCAGAUGAGUCUGGUGAGCAUGUGCAAGGACCUGAACUCCGCCAACCAGUCAGAACAGAGGAUGGAGUGGAAGGUGAAGAUCCGUAGUGACGGCACACGUUACAUCACCAAGAGGCCGGUGAGGGACCGUCUGCUGAGGGAGCGUGCCCUGAAGAUCCGGGAGGAGCGCAGCGGCAUGACCACCGACGACGACGCCAUCAGCGAGAUGAAGAUGGGGCGCUACUGGAGCAAAGAGGAACGGAAGCAGCAUCUGGUCAAGGCCAAGGAGCAGCGGCGGAGGCGCGAGUUUAUGAUGCAGAGCAGGCUAGAUUGUCUGCGGGAGCAGCAAGGGGCCGACGACAAGAAGGAGAUGAACAUCAUUGAACUGAGCCACAAAAAGAUGAUGAAGAAGCGGAAUAAAAAGAUAUUUGACAAUUGGAUGACAAUCCAAGAACUCUUAACCCACGGCACAAAGUCUCCAGACGGCACAAGAAUAUACAAUUCCUUCUUAUCCGUGACUACUGUAUAAUUUCCACUUCUGCAUUCUGUACAUAAAGAAAGAACGUUACCAUUGCGGUAGAGAAUCCUGCGCCUCGUUCAAUGUGGCAAGCUUUUGUAUAUAAGAUAAAAAUAACAGCCACCGUGUUUAUAGUCAGGAGUUGUGAACUAUACAACUCUGCGUGUCAUAGCUCUAUUUUAACUGGAGAUAAAACCACCCCUACUAUCUCGAAAGGCAAUAUGAACAAACAAAGCUUUUUUUCCCUCAAAUUGUACUUUUUUACUUGUUAUCUUUUACAUAAAGUGCUUAAAUUUCAAAAAAAAAAUUUAUUAAGCAUACUUUCACGAAAUAAUUUGUUUAAACUAUAUUCAUAUAAAAAAAAGUUAAACGUGCUUUCCUUUUUUUCUGCCUAAAACACAAAUACAACUGCCAAUAGGUAUUUUUAAUGGAAUUCUGUUUUAUAAUGUUACUUUGCUGAAUGUGUUUCAUAUGAGUGGCCAUUAAUAUAUUAUUUAGGUUACGGUUUUAACUCAAACCACCAAACGCUUUGGCUCAUGAGUUAAAUACACAUACCCAAGCCAGCAGUGUCUAGAUAUGACAUAGACAUUUGAGCAUAUUUCUGGUUGAGGUUCCCAAGACAAUGUAAAGGUUUAAACUGAAAGGGAAAAUAUUACGCAGCUUCACAGAAGACUAAAGCAUGUUUGCAAAUACUGCAACCGGUUGGAAGAAUUUGCAUGUCCAGGAAAGUUGUGGAUGGAGACAGUUUGUGGAAUUUUAAGUGCUCAUUGUAAUAAGUAAACCUUUGCUUUGUAGAUGUGAAGGUACAGACUUUGACAAGCAAGUUCAGGAAGUCAUGAUUAGUUAACAAACAUGAAGUCAAAUGAAGUUAAAAUAAAUUAUUUUCUA